UCUAUUUUCUUGUUGCAUUGGUAGCAGAAAUUAUUUUUAUUGUUGAUUCAAUAUAUGAUAUAUCGUUUUUAUAGAUUUUCGUCAACUUUGCUCGUGGGCAGACUGAAGGAGUAGAGCUUCUUGAAGAUGCACAAAGACGUUUAUUGAGGAAAGCUCGAGCACGAUUGGCUGCAGUCGUCCACGUGUGAAGCUUUCCUUUUGGAGGGAAAUGAGCAAACAUCACCCUUAACAAUACUUUUCAAUGGCACAUCCUUAUGGCAUGUCUUUAUUCAGUUUGCAUAAGUAUUGCCAUUCGGCUCUCAGUACUGCGUGACGAUGCAAAAUUACAUUCACGAGUGGGUACAUUAAUAGCCAGUAAUUGGUUUCAGAUCCAUGGAAUUCAACUGUUUUUGUUCCAGUAUUUGUUCCAGGAGUAAAAUGCUAUCCUGAAAGACCAGAGGUUCGCACAGUUUAUAUUCAGCACAUUUCUGCCUGCAAAACAGCUGCAUUUCCUUACUGGUUCAGUUUAAAGCAUUUUUAUUAUUAUUUUUACUUCUAUUUCACGUAUGCUUUGAAAUAUAUAAUAUCUGUAUUUCCUAAUGAAUGCCGCCAUCUUAUAAACGCCGCCCUAUGAUUAACGCCACCAUCUUUUAAACGCCGCAUCUUAAAAAGUGGUGUUCAUUGUAAAACAGAUCAAACAGGAAAUAACAAAUAGUUUAUAUGGUAACUAACCACUCUCCUCCACAGAAGCUAUUGGGAAGGGAGAUGGAAAGAGAACUGGUGGAGCUGCGGAGAAUGGGAGCGGGAGGGCAUUCACUUCCUCCUCCUUUCUCGCAGCUCCUCCACUUUUUCUUUUUUUCUUUAGUUUCUUUUAUCCUAUCCUUUUCUCCUUCCAUAUUCUAUCCGAAGGCAAUAAAGUUCUCAUACCAUAGACGUGGGCUCUGACGGAGACAGCGACAUUGACAUUUCUUGACUCUUCCAUAACGUGAUAACAUCCUUCGUGAACAUUUUCACAGAACGCAUGUUUAAAUCUGAAAACAGUUUAAAGUCUGUCUUUAUCUUUUUUAUCGCACUUUUCUUUUCCUUUUCAUUUGAACACUUUUAUUUUGUAUUCAACGCUGCCUCUGAUAGUAAAUACGGUAUAUAUAUGAUCAAUUUUGAGCUGUAAUGUUUGAAGAAACUACACAAAUCUAAGUUAAUUUACUGUAGCGUGUCAAGCAAUUCAUUGUAGAAAUAUGAGCACAAAGAUACAAGCUAUUUAUCAGAUAAAAGCCAUGUUUCUAAAGCACUCGACACUUAACUGUCUACAGUUCGCUGUGAAGGGAGCUUCAGUUUGCUGUGGAGGAGCGUUCUUCCCUGGCUCUUUGGUACAAUGAUCGACGUCUAAGAUCUUAAACAGAACUGGAGUCCGAAAUAAAACAAAUUAGUUUAAAAGUUAUCAUUUAUAUUUUUAAAAAGUCAAGGAUUUGUUGCGAAUCCCUAUCAUUAGAAUCUUCCCAACGAUCAACAACCUCCAAAACCUGAUUAUAAAUGUUGAUAGAGUUGAAUUCCGUUAUGUAUACCCCGUACAACUCUACCUUCGUGUUAAGUUGGACUGAUUUUCCAUUCCAUGAUUUUCCUUCUUCAAAUCAGACCAUUUCCUUGCACCCUUUGAAAGUCCGACUUGAUGGACUCAGCUGUUUACAAUUGCUUGUGUCAUUUUGCAGAAUAAUCGUAGAUUUUAAUAAUAUAUGUAUCAUCAUUUAAUAAUAAACCUGUGCUAUCAAAUUUGCAAUUUAGUGUGUAGUGUGCUAUCAAAUUUGCAAACCACAAAGAAGCAUUGUUUCUAACCCCUUUGUGUUUUCUGUUUGUUGGUUCUGUGUCCCAUAUGACAGUUGCAAAAUUUUUUCCGACUGAAAUCUCGAUUAAUAUAGCUUUAAUUUGAGAUUUCGUUAGUUAAUCACUAACGCGAGAUACAACAAUUACAAGCAUAGCGGGUGUCAUCUCACAAAAUGAAACGUAGCAAGUAAAAACAACACCAAUCUUGUGGAAGAAUUCAUAUUCGUUUUUAUUCCAUAAAACAAAUUUAUUUUUGUCCGCAUAAGUGAAGUGUCAUUUUUAAACAUCCUUUAGACUGCCUAUGAUGAAAUUUGUUAACAAACCAGAAGAAACACAAGGUCGUGGUGGCCGAAUAUUCAUUUUCUGCCAUUUUCGAACAAUCAACCUGUAUAUCGUUGAAUUAUACAUGCAGAAGAAUUAUGUUUGCGUUCAGAUGCAAUUAGGUUGACAAAGUGGUUCCUUCCAUGGAAAUAAAUAUCAUUAACCAACGACCAGCGAGUAAAACAUCUUAAAGCUUGUUGUUUCACCCUUCAGAGAAGAGUAUUGUAUUGUAUUGUAGAUUAUUUAAUGUUAGUUUUUACAAUAGUGAAUAUACACUAAUUAAGACUAACAUGAAGCAAUUUCAAGGAUUGCAUAAGCCAGUUCAUUUACUGCAAAACGAACAUGCGCACUUGUUUUCAAGGAACCAAGUUUUGGUCGAAUUCUUAAAUUGUCUAGUAUUUUGUGCUGUCUUUAUUGAUUCCAGAAGUGAAUUCCAGAUUUUAGGCCCUUGAAAACCUAAUGAUCUGAUACCAUUAUUGGUAGUUCUGGCUUUUGGAAUGUCAAAGGGGUUUUUGAGUCGAAGGUUAUGACCUGUUGUUGUGGGUACAAAAUAGUCUUUCAUGAAAACAGGAUUAAGGUUGUUAAGUGUUUUAUAAACUUCGAACGCUAAAAUUCUAACUGAUUGGAUGGUAGUUUCUUUUGAGUUAGCAAGUAAAUCUUGGUACCAAGAUGAAUAGUCUGAAUAGGCUAGUCUUAAUGCCCUCUCGUUUCUUUUUUCUAGCUUAUCCUGACUUCCUUCACCACAUAGCGUCCAUAUCAAUGGACAAUAAUUGAAGUGACAUAGUAUAAAUGAAUUUAUAAUUAUCUUUUUUUCUCUGUCACCCAUAAAUCUUGCCAAUAUUUUUAAAGAAUUUAACUGUUUAGUUGCUUUUUUACAGAUCUCAUCGAUCUGAACACCAAGCAAAACAACGUUUUUCUCUAUUUUAAUUGCAAAUUCUUGGUCAAUUUCAAACUCAUCUAUGCAUUUAUCUUUGCUGCCGAUUGUGAUAGCUUGAAAUUUAAAGGGAUUCGCAAUCAUUUCAUUAUAUUUAAGUCAAUCAAGACAUUUUCUUGUGUUAAUCUUUAUAAGUUGCAAUAGUUCAUCAGUAUUUGUUGCAGUAACAGAUAUCGUGUUGUCAUCAGCAAAAUUACAUAAAGACACUUCAGUAAGGCUGUAAAAAAUAUCAUUUAGAAAAAUAUUGAAAAGUAGAGGUCGAAGUGUUGAUCCCUGUGACACCCCUUGUCCAAGUUUACCCCAGGAGCUGUAAUGACCUUUCACUUUGACUCUUUGCUUUCUAUUAGACAGGUAGUUUUCUAUAAGUAAAAGAGAAUUUCAAUCUACACCAUAGGCAUAUAGUUUUGCUAAAAGUAGUUUUUUUGGUAGAAAGUCAAAGGCUUUUGACAAAUCCAUAAGGACAGCGCCAAUAUGUUUGUUACUUUCCAGUUCUGUUUUCCAGUCUUCAAUUAGUCUAAAGAGAGCGUGCUGGGAAGCAAACUGUUUUCUAUAUGCGCAUAGGAAUUUCGAAAAUUUUUCUUCAAGAAAUGGAGAAAGUUGAAGCUCUAUUGUAUUUAUAAAUACCUUUGAAAGUGUCGUUAGUAGACUUAUUGGUCUAUAAUUUUCCUUAUUGAAAGAAUCUUUUCUCUUAUUGACAGGUGAGACUAUAGCCCUUUUUAAAAAGUUUGGAAAAGUUCCUUGAAUAAUGAAUUAAUUUAUGAAUGCGUGUGAUUGUUUAUGUUUACAUUUUUCACUCAUGUAUAGGUAAUGUGUUUAAUGCCAACAUCAAUGCGCCGUCAAGUACCCGCAAAACCCACGCAACAGCAUUGUGAUCAACACUUUAAUGAGCUGCCCCUGUUGCUUGUAGUGUUCUCGCGAACAGCAGCCAAACAGUAGGUACUAACAGAAAGCUGUUUUGAAAACCAAUCGUUUGGAUCGUUACAGAUUGAAGAAUGGUAGGAGUUUGUAUAAGAUCUACCUGGUUUGUAUUGGCCAUUUUGGUGCAAAUACCCUGUAUAGCUUCAGAGUCAAUUGAUGGUAGUUUCCAUUUGCUCCAUCAUGAUGGACAGGGAGUCAGCUUCGAUAAAGACAGCAAAGUUCUAACCCUUCAUAGCACGCUAAGUCAGAAGUUUCGGUGGAAGGGCUUGUUCCUUAUGCAUGUACCGACAAAUCAGUGCGUCGUUCCAUCUGAAGACGGAAACGCAAUGUUGUCACUAUCGCAACUGUGCGGGAGCAACGACACUUACUUCCACUACGUGGCGCAGAGCCACAUAAUCAGGCAUCUUAAGAGCGGCAAAUGCCUCCAGUCCACAAAUGAUACAUUUCCAAGCAGGAAGAUUGUCCUGGCACGAAAUUGCCAGAGUGGCAGCAGUAUGUUUUGGCAGAUACCAGAAGCUCUGUACAUCAUUCGCCAUUUUGGUGGACUAUGUUGGGUUUAUAACACUCCGCUUGACGUCAUGAAGCUACAGAAGACGCAUAUCUGCGACCGUUUUGUUUUUGACAGCGAAUGGCAUUUAAAGCAUUACAGAACUGGCAAAUGUGUUUAUUUCCACCUCGGAUUUCUGCGUCUAACAACGGACUGCAAUACAACCCAAAGCAGCUUCAUCCACACUGUAAAGGCGACAUUGGAGAACCUUUCAUCGCACCAGUGUGUGAAGCCAUUCCUAGGGGGAGCGGCUCCGUUGCCAGCGGCUGACCUCAUUCUGACUGAAUGCGCUGAGGAAGAUCAAUUCUUGUUUCACCUUCACUUAGCCAAAGGAAUUUAUGAGGUAAGCCUGUUCUCAGAGUCUUGUGACGAUGUCUUAAUUUGUGUAUUGGCUCGGUCAAUCAUUGAAGUCAACGGCCACGAUUUUAGCGCCCUGACCAGAGGGAUAAGCGUCGCCAUCUUUGACUACCAAAGUGGGAUAUUAGAAUAUUCAAAUGCGUAUGACGUGUACGCUUACAGUUCACACCGCGUUCAACUCGCAACAUUGCUCAACGGUCUGGCGGACGACAAACUCUUGUUAAUGGCGGUAAGAGAUGCUGUUAAUUUUGACACCGGUUUGGCAACAGCACUGAGGCGGUUCGGCGUGUCUUCUGAGUUCGCCAGAACCUAUCCAGUCACAACGAAAAUGUCGAUGGUAGCACUUCUGUACACAGGACAUCGUAGAAAAGAAUGGGAGAAGGUUGUGCAUUUCGUUGGCAAAGGACCCUCAAUGCUAGUGGCCAAGAUCUUCGCGUUUCGAGAUUACCAAGGAACAGAUGAAUGCGACGAGGAAAUGGGUUUGCUGACUGGCCACCUUUCUGAUUCUAGAUUUUCUGCGAAGUCUGUUUACGGCAAUUCUCCUGCGUAUGGUCCCAAAGAAGCCCGUCUUUACAGAACUGCACCCGGUUGGUGUUCAGGUGCCUAUAGUCCAGUAACUGACUAUUUGCAGAUCGAUCUGGCAUCCAUCAAGGUUCUGAGUGGAAUAGCGAUGCAAGGUCACGGUACCUGGAAGGGGCGUAUGUCUGUCACUUCAUUCUUUGUACAGCACAGUACAAAUGGGAUUGACUGGUCCACUUACUCAGAAAAUUCAACAGACUUUGAAUUUCAAGGCUGUUCAACCUUGGGCGAAACAGUUGUUCAUUGGUUUAAAAGGACAGAAAUGCGCUUUAUUCGGAUAGUUCCGAAAACAAGAACUGCUGGUGAUGUCACACAUUGCAUUCGGAUGGAGCUUUUUGGCUGCUCUCCAAAAGGAAUUUUCCUCCAAGACGGUCUUUUUAAAGAAACAUUCAUAGUGUCAGAGAUAGUAAAAGCAAAUUUUUUUCACGUUCUAUGGAACAUCAGCCUGGUUGGUCUUGUUAACAUUGAAAUGUCUGUUCAUGAGCAAAAUACAACACUUGCGAAUAACAUGGAUCAAUUCAUGGUUGGCACAGGGUUGAAUGGGACAUCCAGUGUAUGCAAAUGGAACUUCAGGCUUAUCUGCUACUGUUAGGAAACUCAAGAGCGUUAUUUCGCCCUUUCCAAUUGCAGUAUCAACAACAUUUUCAAAUAAAGAAGCCAAGUUUAGCAGUUUUAAUGUUUUCAUAAGAGAAAGGUAAGUAAUAAACUUAGACAGGUCUCAAACCAGAAAAAUCGGAAACAUUUUCCAGUCAAAGUUUUGAAAACGUUUUAGGGUCGCUAGACAUUGUAAAACCAAAUUUUAUUUGGGACUUUUGAAUUUUUUCUUUUUUUCAAAAUGGCGGAUCAGUUGCCAAAAGGUUUUUAACAAAAAAGUAGACAUUAAAUAGGCUAAGGCACAUAUCAAAUGAAGAUUUUGAAUGUUUUCAAGCGAUCCUAUUUAAUUUUUCAGGGGCACAUCAGGGGCGGAUCGAGACAUUCUCAACAUUACUAGACACUCCCAGAUACAAUUCAAAUUGGUGUAUUCGGAAAGAAUGGGGCAUUCUCUCAACAAAAUCUCUUCUUACCAAUAGUAUGGUCUUCCUGCCAUCAAACCAAAGUGAUUUUCACUAUUAGUGAAAAUCAGUUUCCAUUAUCGGGUUGCGAAGAAAAGAAUUCCGUUUGUUCUGCCAGACAUGUUUUGCGGGGGUUUGUUUAUGAACAUCUGUUAUCCUGGCAUUCUAUGACGCCAUUGUGUGAGCUGUUUGAUGAUGCUUUUCUUUGUAGCAAUCAAAGAUAACCCCUAAACUUAAUGAAAAUGCUCUUUUUUCCUCAUGUGAUGACUUUUUAAAUAGUCUCAGCCUCUCUUUCAGCUUCAUCCGUAAAUUUCUGAUUGAAACGGCUCGUUCUCAUGAGGUGUCUACAGCAGCCAUGUCUGUGCUGAACCCCUCCUUACAAUGGUCCUCCUCUUACCUUCAUUUUUUCCCUAUUUAUUCGUCCUUUGUAACUCAAUCACCAUAUAUUGGAAAGAAAACGACCCACCAGAAACCGUUCCAUUGUUGACAUGCUGGAAUGUUUGCUUGACAUGUCUACAAUUUUGACACGCUGGAACGAAUGAUACAGUGAAUUGUUCAGAUGGCCAAAUGCAAACACUUAGGUAUCAAUACCCUCUCAGCUGCAAGAUGCCGCUCAAUAGAAUUUUUGCUCACUAGACUUAUCAGAUAUAGCAUUGUCAUACCACCCCGUAGUUUCUCCACAAAGUUUUCGCUUGCAUUUCAUUAUGGUUUGUAUCGCACUUUCGAAAAGGAGCUGAAAUGCAGGUUGUGCCAAAACUGAUGCAAGCGUUGCUGGUGACUGAUUUCAUACCCUGGGUACCAGACUCACUUUAGACAAAAUAGAGAGUCUGGUCUAGUGCGCCCCAUUCUCGUUCUGGUGUGCUGAUAUUAACCAAUCAGGAGCGAGUGUACAGAUUUCUGUACGUUCAAAGGUCACAGCGAAACAAUUAAACGUAGCUCUGGUGUAAAACAUUGAACAGAACACAACAAUAUAAAAUGCUAGCGCACGUAACGAUCGAGUUUGAAAAUGCUGUUAAAACUGUACUCAAAGAAUGUUUUCCGCAUGUUGUGGAACUUAACACGAAGCAGCAUUGAAAGCCUUGCUUGUAGAGAGAAGAGACACCUUCGCCAUAUUGCCAACUGGCUUUAGAAAGUCUCUCUGAUAUUUUCAGGCUGUCUCUCAUUGCAAAGAAAUUAGGCCUUGUAGUGAAGUGCAUUAAAUAAGAAACACCGCAAGGCGCCAAGAACAAACAACAUCAAAACACAAGU